CGGUAACACGGGUUUAAGCGAGAAAAAUGAGUUUUUUCUCUGCGCUUUAAAUAAAAAAAAUCUUUCAAUCAACACGGGUUUCUACGUCAUUCUAUCUGUGUGAUUUGUGUCUGUGUGCUUACAUGUAAAACAUUUUUUUUUUUUUUAUUACAGAUAUAACACUUUAAAUGAUGGAGAAUGCUCAACAUGAGACGACCACACAUGUCGAUAAAUCAAAUAUUCGUGGUCCCAAUAAUACCCUUAGAAUUAUCUUUCUGACCUUGUGUCUCGCCGGACUUCAAUUCACAUGGACUGUUGAAAUGGCUUAUGGCACGCCUUAUUUAUUAUCACUGGGUCUUUCCAAAUCAAAUAUGUCUCUAGUAUGGAUUGCUGGUCCCCUAUCAGGCCUGAUUAUGCAACCUGUGGUCGGGGUUAUAUCAGAUAGCUGUAAAUCAAAAUGGGGUAGACGAAGGCCGUUUUUAGUAGGCGGUAGUAUCAUUGUCGUCCUCAGUUUACUCGUCAUUGGUUGGACACGCGAGAUCACUCACCUCUUAACAAGGUCGGAUUCAGGCAGUCUAUUUAAAACAGUCUCCAUUGUCAUUGCUAUUGCCUCAAUCUAUGUCUUGGAUUUCAGUGUGAAUUGCGUACAAGCAUCGUGUAGAGCAUUGAUUGUGGAUGCAUUACCCACUUCGCAACAAGAAGAUGGAACAGCAUGGGCAGGACGGAUGGUAGGAUUGGGUAGUGUAGCAGGUUACUUUAUGGGUUAUGCGGAUCUUGUCAAGCUCUUUCCGUUCUUUGGCAACACUCAACUCAAAGUGCUUUGUGUGUUCGCGGUAUUUGUAUUAAUGUUGUGUAAUUUUAUUACGUGUUAUGCCGUAAGGGAGAGAGUGCAUGUAGAUGAUAAGGUGACAGGUUCCGUCUACCAAGUCUUUGCAGAUAUUUUCCAUCAUAUAUGGCAUCUACCAGCACCCAUUCAAACUAUAUGUAAUGUUCAAUUCUUUGCGUGGAUUGGCUGGUUUCCGUUCCUGUUCUAUUCAACUACAUGGGUAGCAGAGAUAUUUGAAAGAAACCUUACAGAAGAAAUGCAGGAUCCCGUAGGGCAGGCCACCCGAGCUGGUUCCUUUGCGUUCUUGAUCUUUUCUCUCAUCUCAUUAUCAGCCUCUUUUAUUAUUCCACUGAUUGUCACACCUUCAGACCCAAAUGCACAAGACACUGUGUGGUUUGGUAAGAAGGAAUACACUCUAAGAUUUAUGAGAUGGAAAUGGUUGACUUUACCACGUGCUUGGACCGCAAGUCAUUUCAUCUUUUGUAUCUCCAUGAUGUCCACAUUGUUUGUUUCCGAUGUCACAGCAGCUGCUAUUGUCAUUGGAUGUUGUGGUGUAAGUUGGGCUAUUUCCAUGUGGGCACCCUUUUCCUUGUUGGGAGAAUACGUAUCAGCACAGGAAGCUCGUCAUGGCAUCUAUCAACCUGUCGACACAGAAGAAGAAAUUGAAAUGUUGGGUGUAGGUCAAACUUUGCCGUCGCCAGAACAAGAAGAAGAAGAAGAAGAAGAGGGAGGAGAGGAAAAGUCUGAGUCUCCUGCUGCUGGUGUUCUUUUGGGCAUUCACAACAUGUACAUCGUCUUGCCUCAAUUCUUAGUGACCUUCCUCAGUAGUUUUAUCUUUCGUCUGUUUGAUACCGUCGAUAACAAAACUGAUACCAUUGGCUUGGUGUUACGUAUAGGUGCUGUCAUGGCGGGUGUGGCAGGUUUUAUCAGCCAUCGCACUACCACCUGAUGAUACCUUAAUAAAUCUUUCUUUUUUAAAAAAAUUUAACAAAGAAAGGCCUAGAGUAUUUCUCGUGCAUAUUGUAUACUACAUAAUAAAUAUUUUAUUAUUACUGUGA